GAACCUUGGACUGAAAUUGUUAAGUUACUGAAAGAUGGUCUUUCUAAGAAGUGGAAUGAUGAUGAAAAAUCUUGAUUUAUUCAAGAGCAACGAAAAUUCUGAUCAGUGGAAGAGUUACAUAACUUAUCUGGAGUCAAUAAUUGAAGAUGGACUUAAAAAUGUCAUUAAAUGUAGUUUAGAAUAUUUGAUUGAAAAUACUAAUAAAAGAAAUAAAAAAUUGGCACCUUUUUACAAAAUUUCUAUGAAUCUUACUGAUGAUAUAACUUUUGCACCGCCAUUAUCCAGGGAGAAGCCCCAUAGUUUUCAGCAAUUGUUUGACACAGUAAUUCAAAGAAUAUAUUCUCCAGCAAGUGAAAUCAGAAAGAUGUCUGAUCCCAAUGCAGACUACCUGGAGAGCAUGGAGGAAUGCCAGCUUCUAAGCAACCUGAAACAAACUCUUACAUCCAAUGUGUCUUCUGCUGUAGCUCAAAUUUUCUCUGUAUCUGCUACUUUCAAAACAUAUUCAGAUUUAUGGAUGAAAACAAUAGAGGAGUCUCUAGAAGACUUUGUUCUUUAUGGUCCUAUCAUUGAAACUGCAGAAGCAAUGGAAGAAGACGAACUCAAAGAAAUUGAACCUACUCCAUUGGAGGAAAAACCACCUACUGAAGAAGAAUUUAAACAUCAGAUAUCGCAAUUUGAUCUUUUGUUGAGAAAAGUGGAAGAUAUACCUUUUGAAAUGGAAAUAGAAGUAUGGUUAAUACUAAAUGUUGCAACAUUCAAAGAGAGAUUAUUGAUUAUGAUUCGAAAUUGGUCUUCUGCAUAUAAAAAGAAGCUGAAUGAGUUGAAAGCACAAGGAAAAUUAAGAAAAUUGGAAGAUGAUGGGUGA